AUGGCUCAGAGUAGGGCAGUAGAGUUAAUUUUUUUAGGAACAGGUACGUCAAGUUCAGUACCAUCUAUUCAUUGUUUGACACAGAACCCGCCGACUUGUUCUGUUUGUAUCGAUGCAACAUAUUCUCAGUCUAAAAACCGCCGAAGGAAUACAGGUGCUGUAGUCCUUAUUAAAGAUUAUAGUGGAAAUCGUAAAACGCUUGUUAUUGAUUGUGGAAAAACAUUUCAUGCAGAAGCAACAUUGGAAUAUUUUCCUCGAUAUUCUUUAAGAAAAAUUGACGCAUUGUUAAUUACUCAUGCACAUGCAGAUGCCGUUAACGGUUUAGAUGAUUUAAGAGGAUGGACAUUAGGAGGGUUAAUUCAAGACUACAUUGAUAUUUAUCUUACAUCAGAAACAAUGAAUGCUAUUUCUACUAUGUUUCCAUAUUGCGUAUAUUCUGAAAAAGCAACUGGCGGAGGAGAUGUUCCAUCUUUUCAAUUUCAUAUUAUAAGUCCGAUCCACCCUUUUACCGUUGAAUCCUGUGGAAAUAUAACUAUAUAUCCACUUAGGGUUCAGCAUGGUAUGUUUCAAAACGAACACGGUAUAAAACUUCCGUUUUAUAUUCUUGGAUAUCGUAUAGAUAAUUUAUCUUAUAUUUCUGAUGCAAAUGACAUUCCUGAUGAAACGGUUAAUAUUAUUAGGGGGACUGAAUUUUUAGUUUUGGAUUCACUAAGAGAACGACCUCAUUUAUCUCAUUUUUCAAUUUCUCAAGCACUUGAUUUCGUAUGUCGUUUGAGUCCUGAUUUGCCUAAAAAAAUCUUUCUUAUAGGGUUUGAUCAUUCAAUACCACACGAUGUUUUAGAAAAACGACUUAUUCAAGAAGCUCAAAGUGGCAUCCUUAAAGAUACUUGGGUUGCACCUGCAUAUGAUGGAAUGCGUAUUUGUUUAGUCGAUUCGACAUUAUAA